UCGGGUGAAGACGUCCCGAAAUGCCGGGGUGAUUAGACCUUUACUUCUGAAUUAAUGCUUGCUCUGUUGCCACCCACAGUUUGAAAAGCUGGGCUUCGGGAAUUUUGUUUGUUUGUUUUGGUCUAUCUUUGGUCCUCCAUUGGACUUAAAGAGUUUUGUGCUCUUAGUAAAGCCCACCAUCCUCUGGAGGCCUUACAGCCCUAGUUGGCCUCAGAUGGCCUCUGCCUGCUGCCUGCCCUCCAGAUCCCAGCAAAUAUCAGACAGGGAAGAGGAACAAACGCAGAAAACGAAAGGGGCCUGAGGAGAAUCCAGCGCGUCUUUCUCGCUGAGAGACUAGAAACCUCAACACACUGGGAGCCCAAAGUCCCUACGGAGCUAAUAUUAAUUUCAGAAAAUGCCAAGUAGGAAGUUUGCCGAGGGUGAAGUGGUUAGAGGUCGAUGGCCCGGGAGCUCCCUUUAUUAUGAAGUAGAAAUUCUGAGCCAUGACAGCAAAACCCAGCUGUACACUGUAAAAUACAAAGAUGGAACGGAGCUGGAACUGAAGGAGAGCGAUGUCAAGCCUUUAAAAUCCUUUAAGCAAAGGAAAAGUGGCUCAACUUCCAGCUCUCCUUCAAGACGCCGCCGCAGCCGCUCAAGGUCACGCUCCCGAUCCCCUGGCAGGGCACCAAAAGGUUCCAGAAGAUCUGCCUCUGCUUCCCAUCAGGCUGACAUUAAGGAAAAGGAACCUCGGAGGGAAAUAUUGCAAGUUAAAUUGACUCCGCUUGUAUUGAAGCCGUUUGGAAACAGCAUCAAUAUAUACAAUGGGGAGCCAGAACACAUGGAGAGAAAUGACAUAUCUCUUAAAAACAAGCAGGAAAGAGUUAUUUUAUCACCAGAAAGCAGUUUCAUGGCUACACAGUACAGCCUUCGUCCGAGAAGAGAAGAGGUCAAAGUCAAAGAAAUAGAGUUCAAGGAACAAAAGCUUGUUACCAAAGGACCUGCACCUUUGGAAACCUUUCAAGUGACCACUCCCCAGAGGAAGGACUUAGAGUUUGGAGGAGCACCUGGUGCGGUUCUCAUCAUGCUCGGCCUGCCUGCCUGCCUCCUCCUGCUGCUGCUGCAGUGUAGGCAGAAGGACCCCAGCCUGCUGAGCUUCCCUCCUCCUCUGCCAACUCUGGAUGAGCUGUGGGAGACCAGAGUCUGUGGCAUCUACCUCCUCUGGUUUUUUGUUCAAGCUCUCUUUUACCUUCUCCCAAUUGGGAAGGUUGUAGAAGGAACACCUCUUGUUGAUGGAAGAAGACUCAAGUAUAGAAUAAAUGGAUUCUACGCUUUUGUCCUGACAUCUGCUGUCGUGGGAGCAUCUCUCUUCUGGGGCAUAGAACUGUGUUAUGUGUACACUCACUUCCUUCAGUUUGCACUUGCAGCCACUGUGUUUUCAGUGGUCCUGAGUGUUUAUCUCUAUGCCCACUCUUUGAAGGCCCCUAGGGAUGAGCUGUCACCUGCCAGUUCUGGAAGUGUUGUCUAUGAUUUCUUCAUUGGCCGUGAAUUAAAUCCACGAAUUGGUGCUUUUGAUCUCAAAUACUUUUGUGAAUUGCGUCCUGGAUUGAUUGGAUGGGUGCUUGUUAACUUGGUGAUGCUCUUGGCGGAAAUGAAAGUACAGGAACGUGGUGCCCCGUCUUUGGCUAUGGUCUUGGUUAACAGUUUCCAGCUCUUGUACGUGGUGGAUGCCCUCUGGAACGAGGAAGCAUUGCUGACUACCAUGGACAUCAUCCACGAUGGCUUUGGUUUCAUGUUGGCCUUUGGGGACUUAGUGUGGGUCCCAUUCACCUACAGCCUUCAGGCCUUCUAUUUGGUCAGCCAUCCCUACGACUUGUCCUGGCCAUUGGCUUCCGUCAUCAUUGCUCUGAAACUUUGUGGCUAUGUAAUCUUCCGUUGUGCAAACUCUCAGAAAAAUGCAUUCCGGAAGAAUCCCACUGAUCCAAAGCUCGCACAUUUAAAGACCAUCCAUACUUCCACGGGGAAGAGUCUGCUUGUUUCAGGAUGGUGGGGCUUUGUUCGCCAUCCCAAUUACUUGGGUGAUCUCAUCAUGGCUCUGGCCUGGUCCCUCCCAUGUGGGUUUAACCACCUCCUGCCUUACUUCUAUGUCAUCUACUUCACCGUGUUGCUUGUCCACCGCGAAGCCCGGGAUGAGCACCAGUGUAAGAGGAAGUAUGGCCUGGCCUGGGAGAAGUACUGCCAGCGCGUGCCCUACCGCAUACUGCCCUAUGUUUACUGACCUGCGCUCGGUGCCCCCGCAAGUCAGACACCUCUCAGAGACCAGGAGGAAGUCCAGAUGAACUAGCUGUUGUUGCACUGACAGGAUCUCUAAGUGUUUUUCUGAGUCAGGACUAUAGAGCCAAAUAGUAGCUCUUUUAAUAUAGUUAUAUAGCAGUUAACGUAAGGGGAAGUACAGAGGUGGUAGAGUUUGCUUGUUAACAGGAAAGUUUUAAUCCCUAAAAAUCUGAAGUCUUAUUUUUGUUUUUGCCAAUUGGUUUUUCUUAAGUGAAAACCCGUACUUAAAAGAAACAUUGAGAAUUGUCUCUAUAUGUCAGGCAAACCCCAGCCUAGUAUUGGUGGUGUAUGUGAAGAGGAAGGAGAUCAUAGCAGUGGCUUGACCUCAGCUUUUAAGAGUGCUUUUGGAAAUGUAAAUACAUAGCUUAUGUAAUAUA